UGUGAGUUGAGCCUUAAUGGACAAAACCUCUUUUAAAAGGAAAUUGAUAUCUAUUUUUAGAGUAUCUGUGUAAACUCUGUGGUGGAAAUUCAUUAGAAUUUUUAUGUAAAUGGACAAAGCUUCUGUGGAAGUCAACAUGUCAGGGGAAAUUCUCCAGAAUAAAGAAACCUUCAAUGAACAAUCGGCUGUUGAACAAGAAUUGCAAGAUCUCAUGAACUCUGAUAAAGUUCCAAGCCGGUUCAAGGUUGCAAGGGUUUCAGUGUCCGAAUUGCUACCUAACCGUGACGUCAACAGAUUGACUCCGACAAUUUAUGAAAAUUCAUCGUAUGACUCGCGGCAUUCAAGAAGUCUGAAUCAGCUGACUCGGGAGGUUCUGCCUCGUGCGGAGCAUUACAAGGAUAUCACAUCGGUUCAUCAUGCUCAAAGGCCCACUCUUGAGGAAUUGCAUGAAGCAAGAUUCUUGGAGAAGGACCAGAGGAGGAAAAAAGUGGAGGGGGUAGUGGAGGAGGACAAAUCAGGAGCCAAUCACAAAAAAGGAAAAGUGAUUAAGUUCGGAUGGGUGGAAGGAGUCUACAUGAGAUGUCUGCUGAAUAUAUGGGGAGUCAUGCUUUUUCUCAGACUGUCCUGGGUUAUCGGCCAGGCUGGAGUGGGCAUGGGAUUUGCAGUUAUAUUCCUAGCGAAUAUUGUAACACUGGCUACCACCCUAUCAAUGUCUGCAGUUAGCACCAACGGACUUAUAGAAGCAGGUGGCAUCUACUACAUGAUUUCGCGUUCACUUGGUCCAGAGUUUGGUGGUGCUAUAGGCCUCAUGUUCACACUAGCCAAUGCAGUGGCUGUCUCCAUGUACAUAGUGGGUUUCUGUGAGUCGGUUCAGGAUAUGCUGCGUUUGUUUGGGAUGUCCAUCAUCGACAACUCCACCAAUGACAUCCGAGUGGUGGGCGUGGUUACGCUUGUAUGCAUACUAAUACUGGCUUUUGUCGGCAUGGAAUGGGUCACAAGGACUCAAAUGGUGCUGCUCAUCGUACUGAUAGCAUCACAGAUCGACUUCGUGGUGGGGAGUAUUAUGGGGCCGAAGACUCUCACAGAAAUGUCCAAAGGAUUUGUUGGGUAUGACUUAGAGGUAUUCAAGAAGAAUCUGGUGGAGGACUACCGAUAUUUUGAGGGCGUGGAACACAAUUUUUUCUCUGUAUUUUCUGUUUUCUUCCCUGCUGUUACCGGAAUAGUGGCUGGAGCAAAUUUAUCUGGAGACCUGAAGGACCCCAGUAAAGCGAUACCUCGAGGUACACUGUUGGCUAUCUUGACGACAUUCGUCUCCUACCUCAGCUACGCCCUGAUGAUGGGAGGGUGUGUACUGCGUGACGCAUCAGGCAACGUCACGGCACUGAGGGAGGCUCUGGACAGCGGACUCGCUCCGCCCGCCCUAUACAUGACCAUAUCACAGACGUGCCUCGGUAACAACUCGGCUGCGUGUCGCUAUGGGCUGCACAACGAUAAUCAGGCUAUGGAGUUAGUGUCUGUUUGGGGACCCUUAAUCUAUGGAGGGUGUUUCGCUGCUACCUUAUCUUCUGCUAUUGCUAGUCUCGUUGGUGCACCCAGAGUCCUACAGGCACUGGCGAAGGAUAAGCUCUAUCCUUUCAUCUACUUUUUCUCGAAAGGAUAUGGAGCUAACAAUGAUCCAAUCAGAGGAUACAUUCUUGUAUUCUGUAUAGCCUUUGGUUGUGUACUCAUUGCUCAACUGAACGCGAUCGCGCCACUUUUAUCCAACUUUUUUCUGGCCGCCUAUGCACUGAUCAACUUUUCCGUGUUUCACGCCUCUAUAUCAAAGUGUCCCGGCUGGAGACCUGCUUUCAAGUACUACAAUGCGUGGGUCAGCUUAAUAGGCACCCUGCUAUGUAUAGCUGUGAUGUUCCUUAUAUCCUGGUGGACGGCACUUGUUACUUUCUUCGUGGUUGUCACCCUGUAUCUAUACGUGUCCUACAGAAAACCAGAAGUAAAUUGGGGCUCAUCCACACAGGCACAAUCCUACAACUUUGCACUGAGAUCUGCCUUGGAGUUGAAUCGUGCAGAACACGUCAAGAACUAUCGACCUCAAGUCCUCGCGUUGUCAGGUGAUCCAGGUUCCAGACCUGCUAUGAUCGACUUCGCCAACCUCAUCACAAAGGGCAACUCACUACUAGUCUGUGGUCACAUUCUCAAGGGAAAUCACUCACAACGCGUCCAUGAUGCGCUGACGCAGAAAGCACAACGCUGGUUGGACCAGCACCGGAUCAAGGCGUUCUACGCGGUCACAAGUGAGCGGACUGGCGGCACAUUUGAGACAUCUGCUGAGGCUCUAAUGCAGCUAACCGGUUUAGGAAAGCUGAAACCCAACACUGUGCUUAUGGGCUUCAAGCAUAACUGGCACACUUGCCACCUGGACGAACUGGUCAACUACUUCAACCUCAUCCAUGUAGCCCUAGAUAGUCACCUAGCUGUAGGUAUCCUCUGCCUAGAAAAUGGACUAGAUUAUAGUAACUAUGUCCAAGACAAGGAUGUCAUCCUUAUUUCAUCUCUGGACAAGAAGGAUGCCGAAGAAAAACUCAGAAGGAAUCAGUCGGCCGGACAAUUAUCCCUAGACGAAACUAUUGCAUUUAUAGAUGGAGAACAAUCGGACAUAGCUCCAGCAGCUGCGGCGGUGAACACCCAUCCGGACCCGAACGGCGGCGACGUAACACAGCAGCUAGACAAGGACAGUGAGUCGUCAGUGAGUGAGAGCGGAGGUGACCUGUUUGUUGGGCCAAGUGGUGAACCACUAGCUCCUAAUUUGCUCAAAGAUAUCACACGGUUUCGACGCAAACAGGACAAGGGCUUCAUAGAUGUGUGGUGGCUGUUUGACGAUGGAGGUCUAACAUUGCUGGUCCCUCAUAUUUUGCGAACGAGGUCGCAAUUUGCAGAUUCAAAACUACGAAUUUUUUCUCUUGCCAGCAGAAAGUCUCAACUGGACCAUGAUCAGAAAAACUUAGCCCAGCUACUUCUGAAAUUCAGAAUAGAUUACAGCGACCUGACUGUUAUCUCCGACAUAAACAAACCGGCUAGGAGUGAAACCAGACUACAAUUUGAGAAUUUAAUCGAAAAAUUCCGACUCCGUGGCAACGAUCCAGCUAAAGCAGAUGGCAGCAAGAUUAUAACCGAUAACGAAUUGGUUCUCCUCCAUGAGAAGACCAAUAGACACCUUCGUCUCAGAGAAUUGUUAUUCGAGCAUUCUCUUGAUUCAACUCUCAUCAUUAUGACACUGCCCAUGCCUCGCAAAGGAACCGUCUCAGCGCCUCUCUAUCUAUCAUGGCUUGAAACCUUGUCCCAUGGUCUGCCACCAACUCUAAUUUUAAGAGGAAACCAAACUUCAGUAUUAACAUACUAUUCAUGAUUUACUUUUUCAACAAAUUCAAAUCAGAUUCAAAUUUUAAUCGAAAUCUUAUUCAUUGGGAACAAUUUUGUCAUUGACUGUACAGAUGUUUCAGUUAAAAGUUCACUUUUGUCAUUGACUGUAUCAUAGAUAAAAGAUAGCAUAAGGAGAUAUGCCAUGAUUUGUAGAAUUCAUUCAAAGUUUGGAAGUUUUGUAUCAAAUUAUGGUAAUGUGUAUCAAGUUGAGAUGAUACUGUAUCAUAUUGUGUUGAUACUGUAUCAUAUUGUGUUGAUACUGUAUCAUAGAGCAUUGAUACUGUAUCAUUCAUGGGAUACCAUAGAUAAAAGAUGGCAUAAGAAGAUAUGCCAUGGUUUGUAGAAUUCAUUCAAAGUUUGGAAGUUUUGUAUCAAAUUAUGGUAAUGUGUAUCAAGUUGAGAUGAUAAUGUAUCAUAUUGUGUUGAUACUGUAUCAUAUU